CGUCUCCUGCACCGCUGAAACAAACGCUGCUGUUUAUUUGGGACCUCCGGGAAUUUCAUUUUGGAAAAGUUUGAUGUGAUUAAACCUGAAGCAAGAAAACCGGAUUGUUUGACUUUUUUCUUUUUUCUUUUAUUUACAAGAUCGUGUUGAGAUGAUUCCACACAUCCUCACACACCUGCUCUGCCUGGUGUGUGUGUGCUCUGCUCGUCCUCAGCCAGGAUCCUGUUUUCCAGCGUUACCACACUCUGUGACGGUGGAGAAGAACCCCUCUGUGACCGGCUCUCUGGCAGGCAGGGUGGUGCUGCCGUGCCACUUCUCCACAAUGUCAGUUUCUCCAUCACAGAGCACACACACAACCACGCCAGGACCUCUGCUCCCCGGUAACGCCCCUCACGCCAGUCCUGAGGAGGGGGUGAGGAUCAAGUGGUCAAAGGUGGAGCGGGAGGGGGAGACCGUGGUGCUGGUGGCCCAGGGAAGAGUGGUCAAGGUGGGGCAGAAAUACAGGAGCAGGGUGUCGGUGCCCAGCCAUCCGUGGUCCGUCGGGGAUGCCUCUCUGAUGAUGGUGCUGCUCAGGGCCAGCGACGCAGGGCUUUACCGCUGUGAGAUCAUGCAGGGGAUGGAGGAAACUCAGGACACCGUGAGCCUCAACGUCUCCGGUGUGGUGUUCCACUACAGAGCUAACACUAGCCGCUACUCCAUGGACUUCUCUGAAGCUUUGGAGGCGUGUCGCUCUGUGGACUCCUCCAUCGCUACACCUAAACAGCUGAUGGCUGCUUUUGAAGACGGCUUCGACCAAUGUGACGCAGGCUGGCUCGCCGACCAGUCAGUCAGAUACCCAAUCACAGUGCCCCGUCCCGGCUGCACAGGGGAUCUGAUGAACAGGCCCGGAGUGAGAACGUAUGGCAUCCGCAAUCUCACAGAGAAAUACGACGUGUACUGCUACGUAGAUAAACUACACGGCGAGGUCUUCUUUCCUCCUUCUGUCACCGGCCAGCUCACCUUGCAGGAGGCGAGAGAGGAGUGUGAGAAGCACGAUGCCGUUUUGGCGUCGCCGGGUCAGCUGUUCGCAGCCUGGAGGGCGGGGCUGAACCGCUGCGACCACGGCUGGCUCUCUGACGGCAGCGUCCGCUACCCUGUCACCGUCCCCAGGCCUCAGUGCGGAGGAGGCCUGCUGGGGGUUCGCACGCUCUACAGGUAUCAAAACCAAACCGGCUACCCGAACCCCACCGACAGGCACGGCGCUUUCUGCUUCAAGGCUAAACUACCAGAGCCAACUACUACAAGUCCCCCAGCUGCACACAGCCCCACAAACAAUCCCCGCACUCCAACACCCGCACCACUCUUAGACCCUGUGAGAGCUGAAAUUCAAGCAAGAAUACCAGACCCUGUCGCCUAUUCACCAACAGAGGCACCACACACAGCCUCACCAGACCACCAUGGGACAGACCUCACCUCCCCUCAUGCCACAGCCUCUGAGAGCCCAACCCCGAUGUCUGACGACUAUGACCUUCAAGAUUUCAAAGGCUCAAACCAGGUACAGUCAAUACCAGUUAGAGGAGACAUUAUGUCCCCCUUGCAGAUCCCUGUCUUACCCACCAGUCGCUCGCGGCCUCCACACCUUGACAUCAGUCAUGGGGGAGGGGCGGGGUCUGGCCAAGGUGAGAUCAGCAGCAGCGGUGACAGCGCUAGUGGGAGUGAGGUGGGAGCAGUGGUGACCCCGACACAGGUGUGGGUGGAAACCACAUCAGCACCAUCGAAGCUUCUAGGGAUCACUUCAAAAGUGGUCAAUCCAGAAGUUCUCACCCCAGAGCCAGGCCUCCCAGACGAGACCGGACAGGUGGGGCAUCAACCCGCAGUUGUUUUUAAAGAGGAUGUCACCCCUGAGGCUACAGCGACGUUCGACCCCUACCAAUCACUGGCCCUUCCGGUAGAUGGGGAGUCAUCAGCCAAACCACCUAUCCAUCUCAUCAUUGUCAAUGUGCACGAGAAAAAUCAAUCAGUUGACGCAAUCAUGAACAUCUUGAAUAAGCCUCAGAACGGCAUUGGUGGCAUCCACUCCAACUUCCCCCAGAUCACUGACCUCUCCCAGGUGACCAGGGAAACUGUCCCGGGCAGCGGAGACAUCGAGUCUCCUGUCAACCUCCCUCCCACUGUCAGCUUUAUCAAUGGAAAACAUGAGGUGACAUUACAGCCAGAGGAGCCAAAGGAAGCUAGAGGAGAUCAGUUUGAGACAGCCUCUCCUGUUCAGGGAGAAAAGAGCAUGACUCCCUUUGACUACAGCAGCAUAGACACCCACCCAGAGGAGACACCUACAGAGGAAACCAGUGAAAUAGUCACUUAUCCUAAAGAUGCAUACCAAGAUGUAGUUACAGGCUUGGGCACUGAUGCCGACACAGAGCUUGAUGUCUCUGCUGACAUAGAGGAAGUAAAAACUCAAGAACCAGGUGAUCAGACGGCAAUAAGAACCACCGCGACCCCAUAUACUCUCCCUGCCUCGUCACCAGAACCCACCACACAAUCAGGCCCAGUUGCCGCUGGCGUCUCCCGGCCUGUGACAGAUGGGGUCUCCACCUACGCGGACAUGGAAGGCUCUGCAAGUCAUGCCACUGAUCACGGGGCCGGCAAUACGCAGGAGGGCUCUGCAGACGAUGCUCUGCCCACCCCGUCUGCAGGCAGCCAGUCCGGUGUGAUGACUGAUGAGACGGAAAUCGGAUGGACGGAGCUUCCUACUCUUCUCCCAGACACACGGUCUCUGGAAACCACUGUACAAACCCAGACGGGUAACUUUGAAGGGUCUGCCUCUGGAGAAGACGAGGCUUCAGGACAAGACGUGUACCCACCCGAGAUGCCAAGGUUUACCACCGUGCUACCACCCAUUCAUUCCACCCUUUACACCCAGCAGCCUCCGCCUGCAGUGGGUACCGAAGUCACAGACGUUCCUUUAGUUUCACCUGCUGUUGACACAGUCACAGAAACAGGUUCAGGUGCAGAGCAGCUGCCCUUGGAGGGGGAGGUUUCUGGGGAACAGUGUGAGCUGGUUGACCUUCCUAGAGAGGUCACUGUCUUACCAGAUGUGGCAGCUGUGACUUUUGUAGACUCACAAACCACACUUGUUGAAGACGUAAAGGACAUAACCUCAGAACCUAGCACACCAGAAUACUCCACACGCACCCCUCUUGCUGACACAGACGAUGAGGAACAUCCCGCUUUUGUCACCGAGCCUUCACCCUCAACCCCUGAAGACCACGUCCCUCGCCACACCGAGCUUUACAGAGAGCAGUCCACAACCACCACCUCCACGCAGUUUGUAAUCCAGCCGAUACUUUCCUCUACUUCGCCCUUGUACACAUUCGACUCCAGCCCCCACUCCAUUCCCAAGUGGGCUCUGAGCCCUGACCCUGCUGCCACCACUCUACCACAGGACUACGACUAUGAGAAACAGCUAGUCCCUCUUUUGGAGUCGCGCCCUCAGAGACCAGAAGAGACCGUGGCCACAGAGCGACCAGAGAGUGGCACUGGCACAGCUUAUUCUGCGGAGGCCAGCACUGUGAAUGUCAGAGAUCUGCUGCCAUGCUCAGAAAGUGUGUGUCAGAACGGAGGCUCUUGCUACAAAAAAGGAGCGCAAAAUAUAUGUGUGUGCGCACCUGGAUACACUGGCCAGCACUGUGAAACAGAUGUUGAUGAGUGCCAGUCUAACCCGUGUCUGAAUGGAGCCACCUGUCUGGAUGGAGUCAACUUCUUCACCUGUCUCUGCCUGCCCAGCUAUGCAGGAGAGCUCUGCGAACAAGACACUGAGGUUUGUGGAUUUGGGUGGCAGAAGUUUCAGUCUCACUGCUAUAAGUACUUCACACACCGCCGCACCUGGGACGCUGCUGAGCGGGAGUGUCGGCUGCACGGCGCCCACCUGGCCAGCAUCCUGUCACAGGAGGAGCAAAUCUUUGUCAAUCGUCUGGGCAGUGACUACCAGUGGCUCGGCCUGAACGACAAGAUGUUUGAGAGAGACUUCAGAUGGACUGAUGGCAAGCCAAUGCAAUACGAACACUGGAGGCCGAACCAGCCCGACAGCUUCUUCCAGUCAGGAGAGGACUGUGUGGUGAUGAUCUGGCAUGAGGAUGGACAGUGGAACGACGUGCCCUGCAACUAUCACCUGACUUUCACCUGCAAAAAGGGAACAGUGUCGUGCGGGCAGCCCCCUGUGUUGAAAAAUACUCGCGUGUUCGGAGCCACGAAGCCUCGCUACGAGAUCAAUUCCCUGCUCCGUUAUCACUGUAAACAGGGAUUCAUCCAGAGACACCCCCCCACUAUACGCUGUCGGGCCAAUGGCCAAUGGGACACACCCAGAGUCACAUGCACAAACCCCGCAACCUACCACAAGUCAUUUGCUCUCCGGCGUCGCAUCAGCCAGAAUAACGAGCAACUGAACUGGCACCAUAACCAUCACAUCCAUCACACCAAGACUCAUCAGAAGUACAAUCAAAACCAAGAGCAAAAACAAAGUUACAGAGUCUUUCAGAGCUUCUUGAACCCUCUCCAAGUCCAGGAGCGGCUGAGGGAGAAGAGGCAACCGCGGGUCCAAACACAGCACGAGCAUGAGAUGAGACACUGAUUGGGUUUGUGGUUUUGUAAAUCAGCUUAGCAGCAGGCUGGCCACGUCGGUCCAGAGGCAUCGAUAGACAGAGAGACUCACCAAACUGUCUAUCUAUGGCUCUGGAAAGGACACAGGAGAUUAUUUCGCCAGGGCAAAAACACUCCAGGAUCUGAACCAUAACAGAAUCAUAACUUAGUAUCAUUGUAAAGUUAGCUCACUGAUUGUAUCAAGUCACAAUGCUCUAAACACGAAGACUGGUGCCCUGAUGGCUUCACCGGGUGCUUCUCCUAACAGUAAAACACAACACGAGUGGUCUGAGUCAUCAGCUCUCGUGUUCCCUUUCUCUUAUGUCCAUGACCUGACAGAGGUUCUGAUAGCACAGUCUGUCCAGCCAGUGAAAUCGUACGUUAAAGCUGCCCAGUGGAGCGUCUCUGUAAACACGUUAUGUUUACAUUUCUCACCAUCGCUUCAUAUCUCUUAACUUUGUUGAAAGCAUUUCCUUAGCAACGUCUGGUAGUCGAGAUAGUGAGUGAAACUGGUAGCAAGGUUUCUAUUAUUCCAGUGUUAUCUUAUAGACCACAAAGCCUGACUGACUGUUGUUUAAUGAUAAAUGUUGGAAUGGAAACAUUUCAGUAGGAAUUGUUUAUUUAAAAUGACAUUGUUGUUUUUUUUACGACAGUGGCAUUGAGCUGUGCCGUGUAGAUUAUCAGAAAUCUCUCUGACAGAUGCUCCAAAUAGGGAUGAAACGGUAUGAAAAUUUCAUAUCACAAUUAUAGUGGCCAAA